AUGUCAAAGAAGAAGCACCAAUCUCCGGUUGAUGGAAGGCUAAUCACUAUUCUGAGCAUCGAUGGAGGAGGCAUCCGCGGCAUCAUCCCUGCCAAGAUUCUUGAAUUCCUCGAAUCCGAACUCCAAAAAUUGGACGGUGAAGAUGCUAGAAUUGCAGACUACUUCGAUGUAAUCGCAGGGACGAGCACCGGAGGGCUAAUGACGGCCAUGCUGACGGCUCCCGAUGCUAACAAUCGCCCUAUUUAUGCAGCUAAAGAUAUUGCUCCAUUUUAUGUAGAACAUGGGCCUAAGAUUUUCCCACAGAGUGGAUUGCUUGGAUCGAUGGAUGUAUUAGUAGGCCCCAAAUACAAUGGGAAGUAUUUGCAAGAGCUAACAAGGGAGAUUUUAGGGCAGACUCGAUUGCAUCACACGUUAACAAAUGUUGUGGUCCCAUCAUUUGAUAUCAAACUUAUGCAGCCCACCAUCUUCUCCUCAUACGAGGUGAAGAAUCUUGACUACAAGGACGUGCUACUGUCCGAUAUAUGCAUCGCCACCUCUGCCGCGCCCACUUAUUUUCCGCCCCAUAGUUUUACAAACGUCGAUGGCUUGGGACAGUGUUGGGAUUUCAAUCUCAUCGACGGCGGCGUUGCUGCCAACAACCCGACUUUGGUGGCAGUGAGAGAAGUGGCGAAGGAAGUGAUGAACAAAAGGGAAGAUUUCUUCCACAUUCAGCCUUUGGAUUGUGCAAAAUUGCUGGUGAUAUCGUUGGGCACGGGCUCCGCGAAGCAGGAGGAGAUAUACACAGCAGAAAUGGCGUCGGAAUGGGGCGUGAUGAGCUGGCUCUUUCGUCCAAAUUCUACACCAAUAAUCGAUGUCUACAACCAAGCUAGCACAGAUAUGGUCGAUUAUUUUUUAUCACUAAUAUUUCAGGCUCACACUUCUCAGCAAAACUAUCUACGCAUUCAGGCUGAAAAUUUAAGUAGAGAUAGCUCGUCGGUGGAUGUGACGACGGAGGAGAAUCUGAAGGAUGUAGUCGAAAUCGGGGAAUGCUUGUUGCACUCUCCUUUCUCAAGAGUGAAUAUGCAAACAGGAAAUUCCGAGCCUGUUGUUGGUGGAGGCACAAAUAAGGACGUUUUGAUUAAGUUUGCAAAAAUACUCUCUGAUGAACAGAAAUUCCGGCUGUCAAAAUCACAGCACGUGAACUAGAAAGUGGCCUCACACUGGUUUGGGAAAUUAGGAUUUUAAACUAUUAUGCUACGGGUUUAUUUUAAUUUAUUUUACUAUGUUUGAUAUCAAUAAU